AAAGAUGGAAAAAUCCCAAGUGCAAAAUGCCAAAUGCAAAACGCCAAAUGCGACCUCCCGAACGCCAAACGCGACCCCCCGCCCAGAGCACCGCCCCGACGCAGAGCGCCCGGUGCAACGCUCCGCCUGCGCAACGCAAAACCCGGCGUGCAGCACCCCCGUGCGAAACGCCGAAUGCGCCGCCCCGAAGGUGACACCCCAAAUGCAAAUUCGGCCCUUCAGCCCCCUCUUCCCCGAGCCGCGGCACGGAACGCGGGCGCACCGAAAUCCCCCCGGGAGCGGGGACGGGGGGUUAUCUCAGGGGGUUGACGCUUUGACACUUGGGUGAGAGAUUGGUAAAACCCCCCGGGAAGGAGCCAGAUGGAGGGUGGAGGGUGAGCUGUGAAAUUUCCCACGGGGGGCUCCCCCCCAUCCAUCCAUCCAUCCAUCCUGUCCGUCCCAUCAAGGAGGAGGAGGGCGGAGGAGGAGGAGGAAGGGGAGGUAACGCGGUGGGAUUCGUCGGGCCGGGCUCAGAGGGCCGGAGGAGCUCGGUGAGCCCGGGAUGAGCUGAGCUGAGCUGAGCCCGGCGGCAUGGAGGAGGCGGCGGACGCCUACGCCUACGGGGACAACGAGACGGAGUGCGAGUACGCGGAGUGGGGCCCCUCGCUGGCCCUGCUGCCCACCAUCUACCUGCUGGUCUUCCUGCUGGGCACGGCGGGCAACGGGCUGGUCCUCUGGACCGUCUUCAAGGGCGGCCGGGACCGCCGGCGCUCGGCCGACACCUUCAUCGCCAACCUGGCCGCCGCCGACCUCACCUUCGUGGCCACCCUGCCGCUCUGGGCCGCCUACGCCUGGCUGGGCUACCACUGGCCCUUCGGCACGGCCGCCUGCAAGGUCAGCAGCUACUUGGUCUUCGUCAACAUGUACGCCAGCGUCUUCUGCCUGACGGGGCUGAGCUUCGACCGCUACCUGGCCAUCGUCCGGCCCCUGGCCACCGCCAAGCUGCGCUCGCGGGUCAGCGGGCUGGUGGCCACGGUGGCCCUGUGGGUGCUGGCCGCUCUGCUAGCCCUGCCGGCCCUGGUGCUGCGGCGGGCGGCCGCCCUGGGGGGGGACACCAAGGUCACCUGCUACAUGGACUACGGGGGCUUGGCAGCCCCGGGGACCGAGGGCGCCUGGGAGGUGGGGCUGGGGCUCUCCUCCACCGCCCUGGGCUUCGUGGCCCCCUUCGCCGUCAUGCUGACCUGCUACUUCUUCAUCGCCCGCACCGUGGCCAGCCACUUCCGCCGGGAACGGGCCGAGGGGCCCCGCAAGCGCAAGCGCCUGCUCACCAUCAUCACGGUGCUGGUGGCCGCCUUCGGGGGCUGCUGGCUGCCCUUCCACCUGGUCAAGACCCUCUACGUCCUGAUGGACCUGGAGGUGCUGCCGUGGUCCUGCGGCCUCCACGCCUUCCUCAACAACCUCCACCCUUACUGCACCGGCGUCGCCUACAUCAACAGCUGCCUCAACCCCUUCCUCUACGCCUUCUUCGACCCCCGUUUCCGCCACGCCUGCGCCACCCUCCUCUGCUGCCGGACCCCCGGCCCUGGGGCCGAGCGCUCCGCCAGCUACUCCUCGGGGCACAGCCACCCCCCCGGCGGCAAGGGGGGGCCGGUCCCGGGGAGCAAGCUGGACCCCACCACCCAGGAGACGCUCUUCCGUGCCUAGACCCUCCCUCACCCCCAGCCCCCUCUCCCCAUCCACCUCCCGUGCCCCCCGAGCUGGUCUCCUUGGGGGGGACCCCACCACCUUCUCCUCACCCCAGAGCCUGGCUUGCUUUGGGGACCCCCCCCCCGCUGGAAAGCCCUGUUGGCGGGAAGGGGAAACUGAGGCAGGGGCUGGGCAGACCCUCGGGCAGAGGCGGCUCCCCCCGGCACCCACAGGGCUUUGUAUUUUGUGACAAAUAAAUGAAUUUUUGUUAAAAAAGGA